AUGUAUUUGAUAAAAUCCUCAUGGGGCUGUACGAACUUUAGAAGGUUUACAAAGAGCUGCUACUUCAGGUGGGCAAGUUCAACAAGUGCUUCACGUGCAGCCAAUAGAGUCGUGCUGAUCUCAACUUCAGACAGUAUUUACGAGAACUUAGCACUGGAGGAGUGGAUGUACGAGAAGACAGAUUUCUCCGACACAGAUUAUCUGUUGAUGUGGAGAAAUAAACCAGCAGUUGUUUUUGGCCGACAUCAGAAUCCAUGGCUAGAAGUCAAUAUCCCUUUGGCAUCCACGGAUGGUGUGGAUAUAGCCAGAAGAUGUAGUGGAGGGGGAACAGUCUACCAUGAUGAAGGAAAUCUCAAUUUGUCUUUUCUGAAAUCCCGUCUCCGGUACAAUCGGAAGGAAAACCUUCACCUUGUCGUGGAUGCUGUGAAGACAAGGUGGGAUCUGGAUUUGAUCGUUAACGAUCGUGAUGAUAUCUUGUUGGACCAUUUCUAUAAAGUCUCAGGAACAGCAGCCAAACUGGGGCGGACCCAGAGUUUUCACCACUUCACUUUGUUGUUUGAUGUGGAUACAUCCCGACUGAGCAGACUUUUGGAUUCUCCUAUGCAUGGUGUGGAUAGCAAAGCCACCAAAAGUGUCCCUUCUUCUGUGCUAAAUUUGAAAGAGAAAGCCCUGGAUAUGACCUUUGAACUCCUGGUGGAUGUCAUAGGUCAGAGGUUUCUGCAGCAGAUAGACCAGCAGAUGACUCCUCAAAAUGCUCAUUUCAUCAACCCAAUAAAUGAAGCAGAAUUCCCUGGCAUCAAAGAUAUUCUAAGCCGACUGAAGUCCUGGAACUGGAUAUAUGGGAAGACACCAAAGUUUUCACUUCAUCGAACAUUUUCAGGGCAUGAAUUCCGAGGACAUGUUUGCACAUUAAACACUGAGAUAAACAUUGAGAAAGGGCAUGUGGUGUCCAUUUCUCUUCAUCUGAAUUAUACAGAUUUGGAUUGGUUAGUGACAACAUUAAAUACAUUUUAUUCAGAAAAUGUUCAUAAUCUGGCAUUGGAGAACCAAAGCUUAUCUCAACUUAAAGAGAAGUGCCUUACACAUAUAGAAACUCUUUUAAGCCUGGAGAACACAGAAGCUCUCUUCUGUUGCUAA